AUGUCUGCCAUCGCAUCCACCGCGCCGCCGCCGACGACGACAACGCGCAAGGUCGUCGUCACAGCCUUUGGCCACCCCUCCGUCCUCGCCAUCACCACCGCGCCCAUGCCCGCCCCAUCCCGCGGCGAGGUCCAAGUCCGCGUCCUGUACAGCGGCUUCUCCGGCGCCGACGUCAACAUGCGCAUGGGCACGUACCCGAUGCAGCGCGGCGCGCCCCUGACGCCGGGCUACUGCUUCGCCGGGCGCGUCGUCGACGUCGCCGACGGCUGCUCUUCGUCUUCCUCCGACGACAUCCGGGCCGGCGACCUCGUCGUCGCCGUCACCGUCUACGACGCCCAGUCGGAGCUCAUCAACGUCCCCGCGAAGCACCUCGCGCCCGUCCCCGCCGGGCUGGACCCGCGCGUCGCCUGCGCCCUCUCCCUCGACUGGAACACGGCCUACGGCAUGGUCGCGCGCAAGGCCCACGUCGCCGCCGGGCAGCGCGUCUUCGUCCACGGGCUCAGCGGCGCCGUGGGCCACGCCCUCAUGGUCCUGUGCCAGAUGCGCGGCGCCGUCGUCUACGGCACCGCCUCGCAGCGCAACCACGCCUCCCUCGCGGCCCGCGGCGCCCACCCGUUCGUGUACACGGACAAGCGCUGGAUGGCCGCCAUGCGGGACCUCGGCGGCGCGCACGUCGUCUUCGACGCCCUCGGCUUCGAGAGCUUCGACGAGAGCUACGCCAUCCUCAGCGCCAACGAGCCGAGCCUUCUCGUCGGCUAUGGCGGCAACCUGAGCGCGCUGUCCGGGGAGGGCGAGACCCAGAGCAGCGGCCGCCGCUCGAUGAUCCCGUACGUGGCGAAGCUGCUGGGCCGUAACCUCGCGUUCUGGUCCCGCAAGGCGACCGCCAUGUACUCCAUCACCCGCGACGACAGCAACUUCCAGCCCGAGCUGAGGGAGCUCAUAAAGCUGGCGCGCGAGGGCCGCAUCGAGGCGCCCAUCAAGCAGGUCUGGGACAUGGACGACAUCCAGGAGGCGCACCGCAGCUACGGCAAGGUCCCGGGGAUGGGGUCGCUGCUCAUACGGGUGACAGCUGAUGCGAGUGCUUGAUUCGAAAAUGGUCCUCGGGUGUUGUUUUCUUCUUACUUUUGUGUGGUUUAUUACUUAGUACGCAGCCAGGCGCAGGGGCACUCACAUUUAUUUACAGACGGCGUUUAUGAUAGACGGACGGGACUGGCCGAUUAAUGUAUUACGACGGAAAUCAUUGUUUCCUCUAAAAAAUAUUAAUGAAACAAAGGACACAUCUUGUGCAUGCAGCGUGUCGCGCCAUGCGCCGCCGAUC